UGGACGGUCAGAGUGUAUGUGCUUAUAAAAUUCGAUCGUUCUUUUUCUUGGUAACAUUUUUUCUCGCCAUGGCUAUGUUUAAUGUUGGAGAUGCUGUGGAAGCUUUAGAUGAAGUGUCUGUCUGGUCAAAAGGCAAGAUCAUCGCGAAAGAAGGCGAGAACUUCGUCAUUUCUUUUGACGGUUUUGGCAGCAUGUGGGACGUCUGUGUCAGUCCUGAGAAUGUGAGGCCUGUUACUGUUGUUUGCUUGCCGAGAAAAAGAUCCAGGAAUAAUCAAAAUAUGUCUGAAAGCCUUAAGAAAGUCCAAGCUGGAGAUGAAAUAUAUGUGAGAGGGAAUGGAAAAGUGAAUGUGGUUCAAGUUGACCCAAUCAAUGGAAAGCUGAUGGUUGAAGUUGACGGUACACAUAAACAAGUUGGUGUCGAUGAACUGUGCCCUCCACCACAGCUGCACCCACAAAAAAGAAAUGGCAAUGUCAUGAAAGGCAAAAGAGCAAACAAAAAAAGGAGACGAGAGGAAACACCUUUGUUUGAGGAGAGUGAGCACCAGUUGGGUGGUGAGGUGGCAAUGCCCACUGGACAAUUUAUGCCAUAUUUAUAUCUUAUGCGAGAUGAUGGCACGAAAGGCAUACCUCAACGACCCCCUGUCUACAGAAUUGCUGGUUACGAUAAGGAUGAGUUACAGGGAACAUUCUACAAACAAGAAUUGCAGGAAGUCAAUAAGACAGACAGUGAUUUUUAUUUAUAG